AUGGCAAAUAGAACCACACCGUCCACCCCUGUCGUGUCCCAACCAACGACUACUUCUUCACUCCCAUCUUCCUCAUCAUCCACAAACUACAUCAUUGACCAUGAGUCAUCGGAAGAUGAAGCAGAUGAAAUAUAUCAGGGCUCUUCCGAUCUAGUGGUGGCUGAAGAUGAUCGAGAAUUGGGAUCCUCUUUUUAUAUCAAGGGAGACACUCCACCUCUGCAAGAAUUGCUCUCUUCCGAUAAUUUGGCAUCCACAAAAUAUACAAUUCUAGUCAGAAGAGAUGACGUUUAUAUUCAUACAAAAGUACCAACGAAUUCUCUCAAUUCAAAUAAUACCAAAAAACCAUCACCCGAUAUAAUCGAUCACAUUCCGGGUGUCAUGUUUUUAAUCAAAGACGUUGCACAAAAACAAAAUCUUGCAACAAACACCCGUGCGAGUACUGCUAAUGUCAAGCAACUUGUCUCUGAAAAUAACAACAACAUAUUGAUCGGAUCACAAACGACACUCAAAUCAUGCUACUAUCUUGUGUGGUGCCCCUAUUCAACACUUUGUACUUUUAAUCCCGAUUUAGUGUUACAUGAAAAAUCAAACGGUGUGAUUGUUACACCAGAAAAAUACAAGAAUAGACUGCCUCAAAAUAACACUUUGAGCAAUGCAAGACCUGGCAGUAAUAGUAGUAUUAUCGAUUUGAGCCAAAUGAAUUCCAUGAGUGGCAUCACUCCAUUGAACUAUCCGAGAAAUGAAGCAGCGUAUGCUCUCACUAUGAGAACGAUUGAUAUUUCACAUUUCAAAAAACAAGAUCCAACUAUUGGCCAACAUUAUUUGGUCAUUAGUAUGAGAGAUGAAACAACCUAUCCACCAUUGUUUUUCCAUGAUGGAGGGCUAGCUCAAUUCAUUGCAGAGUUCAAUCAACAUGUUUCUCUCAAGAAGAGCAAAUCUGACCCAAAUAUUUAUUUCAUUUCGGCAGAUACAUCCGAACCACUCGCCAAGAGUUUGAAUCAAUUUGAUUUUGAUGUUUACUUUGAAGAUGUGUACAACAAGGAAAAAGACAAGACAUGGCAAAUUUUAGAGUGGGGUGCCAAAAUCACUAAGGGAGCUCGAGAAAUUACGAACGCUCUUUUCAACACUGGAGCAAAUAGUGAUCUAGAGCUACCUCCGCCACCAAAAAAUCCAAGUCCAAAUUUAGCCAUGGAUAUUUUACAAGCCAAAAAGAGACUUGCAGAGGAGAAGAAGAAAGCUCCUCCUCCUGUUGUUAUCGAAAAUUUAACUGCCUCUGUAUGCGAAAAUUACUUAGACUCUACUGAUGAUAUUACCAAGGUGGAAUUUCAACCUGUCACAACCACAACGAGUACAUCAGCAACAAGCACUCCAGAAGGUGGUGACUCUGGAACAACCACAACUGCUACUACAUCAAGACCUGUAUUUGAAGAUAAUUUUUUCAUACCUAGAGCGGACCCUCCUCUCACACGAAAUGAAUGGCUUACAUUCUUUGAUGAAGAAGGAAGAAUACUCAACUUUGAAUUCCUGAAAGAACGAGUUUUUUAUGGAGGUGUUGAAAAUGAUAUUCGAAAUGAAGUUUGGAAAUAUUUAUUGGGAUACUAUCCUCAUAAUUCAACCUAUGCUGAACGAGAAAUUUUAAUUCAAGAAAAGAAAAAGGAAUAUGAGGCUCUCAAAGUGCAAUGGAAGAGUAUUUCACCCAAGCAAGAAAGUCGAUUUUUCUUGUACAGAGACCGAAAGUCGAGAAUUGAAAAAGAUGUUAUUAGAACCGAUAGAACACAUCCCAUGUAUGCUGAUGAAAAUUCGGAAUGGCUAGUGAAACUUAAUGACAUACUUUUAACGUAUACUUUUUAUAACUUUGAUUUGAGCUAUGUUCAGGGAAUGGGAGACUAUGCUAGUAUUAUGCUAGAAAUAAUGAAAGAUGAGAUAGAUACAUUUUGGUGUUUUGCGUGCUUGAUGGAGUCAAGACAAGCCAAUUUUGAACUCAAUUCUGCGGGAAUGGAACAUCAACUUGCAUCAUUAGCAUCUCUCAUCAAAUUCCUAGACCAUGAAUUUUACAACUAUUUAGCAUCUGUGGAUUCACUCAAUCUCUAUUUUUGCUUUAGGUGGGUCUUGGUAGAAUUAAAACGAGAAUUCAGUUUUGAAGAGACGAAAGAUUUAUGGGAAAAGUUUUGGACACAAUACUAUGGAAAUAAUUUUCAUUUGUUUGUGUGCUACGCCAUGCUUCAGCGAAUUAGAAAUGAGGUAAUUGCCGAAAAGUAUCGAUUCGAUGAUAUUUUAAGGUCGUGUAUUGAUCUCUCUGGUCAUUUAAACCUUACGGAAAUACUUCAAGAAGCUGAAAAGACGUACCUGCACUACAAGAUGCAAUUACAACACGAACAAGACAUUUCAGAAAGAAGUUUGUUAUUGUAA